CGACGACAUCUAAACGAUCUAUCUGGUCGUUCUCUUCUCCCCCCAUUUCGUCCUCGAAUCCGAUUCCUGUUACCCGAUUGGGCAUAUUCCGGCGUGGGACACCGACGGCCGACGGACAUGGCGGAAGAGCGGUACAACCGGAGGAACCCGGCGGUGAAGCGGAUCCUCCAGGAGGUGAAGGAGAUGCAGUCCAACCCGUCCGACGAUUUCAUGAGCCUUCCCCUCGAGGAAAACAUUUUCGAGUGGCAGUUCGCCAUUCGAGGGCCUCGGGAUACUGAGUUCGAAGGAGGAAUCUAUCACGGACGGAUCCAAUUGCCUGCUGAAUACCCGUUUAAGCCACCUUCUUUCAUGUUUUUAACCCCGAAUGGUCGUUUUGAAACACAGACCAAGAUCUGCUUAAGCAUCUCAAAUUAUCAUCCCGAACAUUGGCAACCAUCGUGGAGCGUGAGAACAGCAUUAGUUGCCCUAAUUGCAUUUAUGUCAACCAAUCCCAAUGGGGCUUUGGGUUCACUGGACUAUAAGAAAGAUGUCAGGCGUGAACUUGCCAUCAAGUCCCGUGAAGCUGCUCCCAGAUAUGGCAACCCAGAAAGACAAAAUUUAAUAGAUGAGAUUCAUCAAUACAUGCUGAGCAAAGCUCCUUCUGUGCCUCAACUUCCACCAACCCCAACCACCGAGCCUACAGAUAUCAUUGUAAAUGAAGAACAAGUCAAUGCUGAUUCUGAUGCUAUCGCAGCAACCGAGGAUCUUCCAAACCAGGAAGUAGAACAGGGAGCCAUGGAAGAUGGGCAUGUGGAUCGUGGCAACGCAGCCACAGGCCCCCCAACUGCCAGAGUGAGUUUGUCAAGGACGCCAGCAGCCGAGGUGGUUGAGCAGCCCCAGAGGCCCACUGCCAGAGCUCCGAACUCCCUGGAUGAUCGUGUGCUCACUUGGGCCGCCAUCUGGUUGGUCGUCGCAAUUUUGCUCCUCUUAGCAAAGAAGAUUCUGAAAUCUAAUGCAUAUGCUGGAUAUAUGAGUGGCUUUAAAUAGAAGAUGGAAUGAAGUUCGUGUUAAAGAUGAGCUUGUGCUGCAACUACUCCCAAAUAAGUUUGCUCAUUGAUUACCAAGAAGGAAAAUGUAGAUUCUUGUUUCCAGCCUCUGCUCCGUAUCAUCCUGGACUGGUGUUUUUGCAAAGUAAAAUGCUUUUAUGCUGUGGAGCAUCUCA